AUGGGAGGCCACGAAGGUUUCAGGCUCAGCAACCACCUCUCCUCCGCCACAUGGUUCUCUCAUUUCUGUACUUCAGCUCGCCGAUUUAAAUCAUUGGCUCCUCCGUCAUCUCAGACUGCCACCUCCGCCGACUCUCUGGUUCGUCGCCUCGGCCUUUUCGACCUCAUACUGUUGGGCGUCGGCGCUUCCAUCGGCGCCGGUGUCUUCGUCGUUACCGGAACCGUCGCUCGCGAUGCUGGACCUGGAGUCACGAUCAGCUUCUUGCUAGCUGGAGCAUCGUGUGUGUUGAACGCUCUCUGUUAUGCUGAACUCGCAUCCCGUUUCCCUGCUGUUGUUGGUGGAGCUUACAUGUACUCGUAUUCAGCCUUCAAUGAGAUCACAGCUUUUCUUGUUUUCGUACAACUCAUGCUUGACUAUCAUAUUGGCGCCGCUAGUAUCUCUCGUAGUUUGGCAAGCUAUGCAGUUACUCUCCUUGAGCUUUUUCCAGCUAUCAAGGGCUCUAUCCCUCUCUGGAUGGGAAGCGGCGAGGAGCUCUUCGGAGGGGGUGUGCGAGAAUCUUCCGCUGUCAACUCCUUUAUGACUGCUACCAAGGUCGUCAUUGUUCUCGUUGUGAUUUGUGCCGGUGCUUUUGAAAUUGAUGUUGCAAAUUGGUCCCCUUUCGCGCCUAAUGGUUUUAAAGCAGUUCUGACUGGUGCUACCGUAGUGUUCUUCUCAUAUGUUGGAUUUGACGCAGUUGCUAAUUCUGCUGAAGAAUCAAAGAACCCUCAGCGUGAUCUGCCAAUCGGAAUUAUGGGGAGCCUUCUGACUGGGUAUUCAGUUGUUGCGGCUUGUGUUGUGGCGUUGAGACUGAAUGAUAAAAAAGAAAGAGAGUCGUCCAAUAGAUGGACAUCAAGUUGGCGUGAAGGUGUCACUUGCCUUGUUAUAAUUGCAUGCAGUGGUUUUGGUGCUGGCAUACUAUACCGUUUCAGUGCUUCAGUUAUAUUUAUUCUCCUCUCCGUUGCUGUGGCAGUUGUUGCUUCAGCAGUUCUUCAUUUUCGCAAAGUAAGUAGCCUUAAGCAUAAGCUAACACUCUGCUUAGUUGAAUANNCUGCUAUCAUCUACACAGUUUUUCUUAUAUCUGUUUAA